AGUGUUUAUAUUUUGGGUCAACUGAAAUACAAGACAACAUUCCUACGUUGGCCGUAGUAAAUUCUUUGGUUGUGUUAGUGUAUGGUCCACAACUAUUGUUCAUCGUAGGCUUCCCUGAAAUUGUUCUUGUAUAAUGUUUACAUUUGUAAUGUUAUAAUGUUAUGAAAUAAUUUUUGUAUAAAUAUGUAUAGGAGCCAAAAAAAAAAAAAGAAGUGAUAUUAACAUUCUCAGUGUCAUAGACGGUGGCAAUACCCAAGUCGCACGUUGAAGGGUUUAAAUAAUAAAUAAAUUUCAGUGCAUUGUGAACGUGCCAGAUGGAUAGUGAAGACCGGUUUCGUGACACGGAAACGUAAAAAUGUAAAUGGAAAAGUACCUGCAAGUUAUUUAAGUGUCACUAUCUGUCUACCACUUCCACAAGGUAAUGGAUUGGUGGAGUGAAGAUGUUUUUGGCAAUGAGUGUUGGAGUAUUGGGCUUGAAAGACCGGGCAAAAUUGUUAACCCAACGAUAAAACAAGAAAGUUAUAAGCAGGUGGAAAUUACUGUUGAGAACAACUGUAACAAUGAAAGUUAUGAUGAUGUUGAUGAAGAUGACUCUAGCCAUGAAGAUGAUGGUGGUGAUGAAGAUGACUCUAGCCAUGAAGUUACAAGUAAUGGAAGUGUCAUUGAUUUCAGCCCUGAUUCCUCCAUGGCAACUUGUGACAUCACAUUUCCUAGCAUUAAAAAAGAGGAAGCUGAGGAACAUUUAAAAAAGGAAUACGAAGAAAUAGAAAUCUGUGAAGAAUAUGUUUCCAAAUUAUCAGAAGAAACUAAUGCAGUCCAAAAUAGCUGUAAACUCUUCAAGACUGGUGGUGUGAUCAAUGGAAAGACAUACUUUAAUUCUUCAAAAAGCAUUGUUUUCCCAAGAUCAACAGGAGAUGUUUGUGAUCCAAAAAAAAGUAUUAAUGACCACAACCUUAGAAAAACUAAUAAAAAACAUUCCUUAUAUUUAACACCAUAUCUAAGAGCACAAUUGUACACUCAUACAAAUGAUAAACUAUUGUCCUGUUCAGAAUGCAAAGCAAAAUUUUCUAGAAAUAAUUCCUUGAUAAUCCACAUACGUACCCACACAGGUGAAAAACCAUUUUCAUGUUCAGUAUGCAGUGCAAAAUUUUCUCAAAAAUGUAACUUGAAGAGUCACAUGCGUAUGCACACACGUGAAAAACCAUUUUCAUGUUCAGUAUGCAGUGCAAAAUGUUCUCAAAAAUGUAACUUAAAGAGUCACAUGCAUAUGCACACAGGUGAAAAACAAUUUUCAUGUUCAGUAUGCAGUGCAAAAUUUUCUCUAAAAGCUUACUUGAUAAAACACAUACAAACCCACACAGGUGAAAAACCAUUUUCUUGUUCAGUAUGCAGUGCAAAAUUUACUCGGAAAGCUUCCUUGAUAAUCCACAUACGUACCCACACAGGUGAAAAACCUUUUUCCUGUUCAGUGUGCAGUGCAAAAUUUGCUGAGAAAGGUCAUUUAAAUGUUCACAUGCGUAUUCACACAGGUAUAAAACCAUUUUCUUGUUCAGUAUGCAGUGCAAAAUUUGCUGAUAAAGGUUAUUUAAAUGUUCACAUGCGUAUCCACACUGGUGAAAAACCAUUUUCAUGUGCAUUAUGCAUUGCAAAGUUUUCUGAUAAAAGUACCUUGAUCCGUCACAUGCGUAUACAUACAGGUGAAAAACCUUUUUCCUGUUCAGUAUGCUAUGCAAAAUUUGCUGAGAAAGGUAAUUUAAAUGUUCACAUGCGUAUCCACACAGGUAUAAAACCAUUUUCUUGUUCAGUAUGCUGUGCAAAAUUUACUGUUAAAGGUCAUUUAAAUGGACACAUGCGUAUCCACACUGGUGAAAAACCAUUUUCAUGUUCUGUUUGCAAUGCAAAAUUUUCUCAUAAAGCUUCCUUGAAUAGACACAUACCAACACACAAAUAAAAAUCUUUUUCCAGACUAAGUUUGCUGUGGAAAUUGUUUUCUUAAAAAUAACAUUAAUAUUCUUUGGUGAUAAAUUAUAAAAAUAAUUUUAAAUAUCAGUAAAUGCAGUGGUUUUUUCUGAAAGUGUGUGUUUGUGCAGGCAUGGCUGUGUGUAUGUUUAUGUAUUUACUUAUACAGAAUGAGUCUGAAUUGUACCUGCAAACUUCGACUGCAGGUUCAUCACAACAAAAUAAGUUUAAAACUUAUUAACUUAUGGUCUACAGUGCUUUGCUUCACCGAGGCUGACAUAUGUCCCUGAACAACACUUUUAUUGUAAAAAAAUAGAGUAUUUAAAAUAGAACACUAAGUGUCAGGAAUGUGUUAAAUUGAAUGAUAUCCUGCAGCCACUAAGAAUUUAAUUUCAUUGAAAUAAUUGGGGUAUUAACAUGCCACAAAAACAAGGCAUUGCCGCCGCUUAUUUCAAUGAAAUAAUUUUGCACUAGCAAAUAAUUUGUAGUGUUUGUAGAACUUAAUUCAGUUAAACAUGUAUCAGAUGCUCAGUAUUCUAUAUUAUAUUAUUAACAAUAAAAACAUUGGUCAGCUCCAACUUCACUUCAAGGACGUAUAGCAGCCUUGGGAGGUACUUUAGGCCAAAGUCGUGUAGAGGCUUUCUACUUAUUUUGUCGUACACCUAUCCCUCACUUAGCACUACUAAUGCGUUCCUAAAAAUUAUCGUAUUAUUCAAAAUCACGUAUUCUUAAGCAUUAGUUUCCAUUAAUAGCAAGGCUAAUUUAUUUAAUGUGUUUAAAUUGUGUAGGAAAAUAUUCUUUAGUAAUAUAAAUGUGUAGAAUAACACUGAACGAUAAAUAUGUCACACCAUUUAUCUUUAUAUGCCUCCCAUCGCACUUUGUAUGACAAAUACAUCACCUUGUAACAGGAGAUAUGUGGUUAUGUAUUUUAUCUUCAGUCGGCUGGCUGACUUGCCCGCCCGGUCUUGACCUUCAACUCACAUCGCGUACCUUUCCAAACCAUCCUUUACUGACAGUGAAACCAAUAUUACUGUCCGAAUAAUUGAAUUUUAAUUUUUCAAAAAUUAAUUUCUUAUUCGCUUAUAACCACCUGGUUCUCACCAAUCCUGUCAGGCCAAUGAUUAGUUUGUCCAUGGCAACUGUCGUUUAACAACCUUUUCAAUGUGAAUCAUCCGUUAAUUUGUGUUCUGGUAUCUAAUGAUAAAUAUAUUCCUGCUAGUACAAUCAACAGCAUCAGACUGAUAUAAACUUUUGUUAGAGUCCUAUUUCUUACAAUUGUGCGCACAAUUGACUUGCUUAAACUACAGUGCGACCAACAUAAGUGUAACCUUAAUGACAAUCUGUAUGCCGUAAUACUUCUAAUUUUGUCUAAAAUACUUGGAACAUGAUGUAUUAUGCUUAGAGCCAAGAUUAUGUGGUUUUAUUUUGAACCUGAUUUCGUCAUUUAAAACCACACAUUUCGUCAUUAUUUCGUCUUUUAAAAAUAUGUGUUUUUUAAGCUAUUCAUGGUACUUACACAAUAUAUUUCACGAUUGUGACAUAAAAAAUAGCAGUUGGGCCUAUUGUGUUGUUUAGAAUCACAUGUAAUCAACAUUUUGAUGUUCUGGUUAAACAUUUUCUCUUAAAGUACCAUCGCUCAUCAGGUCAUCACAGUUCCAAUUUUUUGGAUGACACAUUAAAAUAAGAAACUGCAGAAAGUUUUACUAUGCACACUUUUACACAAAAAUUACGAAAAUGCUACCAUUGUUAAAAGUUCUGCAUUUUCUGGCUUCAGCGAUCUUCUUCUGUCACUAACAAUUAAAGAGUAUGUUGAAAAAGACCGUUCAGAGUCAACGUUUGAGGUUGGUAUCCAGAGCAACUUCAAGGCUGCUGUUGCAAAUUCUGAGUAAUCUGCUUUUAUUCGACACAAAAUCUCCAUCACGUCGAUGUGGUUCACGUGUGGCUUUUGUUGUUCUUCAGUGACAAUUUUUUUCAGGGCUACAUAUCCGCGUGCUAGAGUAAGCUUUGGUACCUGCUUGAUGAAAGGUAGGGUCUGGGUGUGCUGUAAGAAUUCUUUAUCAUCCACAUUGUUUCCCAUAUUCUGAGGGUCAAAAUUGCUCCAAUAUUUGUAAACUGAUGCCGAGAAGGAUCACAAGCGAUCAGUUCAUUAAGUUUCAGCAGACUCAUAUUUGCUGUAUGCUUGAACUUCUCUUUCAGUUCUGCAGUAUGUACAGUUCUCAUUGUUGACAAAAUGUUGUCAACUGAUUCUGGCAAUAUACCUUUUGUCAGCACCUCAAUAAAUUACAGACUGCAAUUUGUUUAGUCUGGAUGACAGAUGAUGAGCACAAGGAUAUGAGUUGCCUUCCAACCAGUUGAUGCAUGACGUCAUAUGGCUUACCUCUCCUUCUCUUGUCUAGACUUCAAGGUUCAUCCCUCCCAGGUAUACAAACCAUCAUGUCUCUCUCCCCCUCGACCCUCAACAUCCUUUGGCAUGUGAAACUGUCAACGUCCUUCCUCCCCUUCUCCAAACUGCAUGCGACGUAAGCAGGUUUGUUUAGUCCAUUUCUGGUAAAAUGAAAAUUUUUUAAAGGCCCCCGCAACAGCCAUUUACCGUUAAUUGUUUUGAUACAAUUUGUUUGUUAGUUACACAACAUUAUUUCUGCUGGAAAAUCACUGACACUUCAAAAUUUCUUUAAUGGAAAAAUUUAGCAGGGCCAUAAAAGUAUUCAUUUUUACAGCAAAUGAACUAUACUCGCCCUUCCUGCCGGACAACAUCGUCGCGUGACGCAUGGCAACUACAGUCGUGUGCUGCGCACAGCCACGAAAAACCUACGCGAUUUCCAAACUACACUAGAUAUCUGACUGGAGUCUGUUUACGAAAAGCAUUUAAGAAUUUGUUAAUGCCCAACUGGUUCGUUUGAUAUCGGAUCAAGAUGAUUUAGAGGAGAUAAAAUGGCUAAAAGGCAUGUUUUCGAAGUUUUAGGUGUAAAAAACCCGUUACAAAUUUCUUGAAAGUAUCAAAGGGAAAUGCAUUACACCUUUAUCUUUAUUUUUCCGCUAUAUAAUGUUACGGUCACCGCUCAAAUUUCACAGUUAUCUGACGGGAACUAAAUGACUGCGCGCCAGUUCAGAGCCUUGCACUUAGAGGUUUUACUGCGCUAGAACUACCAUUGAGCGUCGCUCUUAUCAUCCCGCUUCACUAACACACACGCUGACCAGACGGUGCCCUAAAGCUGAUUAGAGGAAGCACGUAGACAUGCAAGGCAGGAAAUUCUUCCAGCUUAUCAACCAGGACCUGGGCAAGUCUUGUUUAUCAAGCUUGUUGCUAUUAGCAUUAAUAUUCCACACUGUUCACAACUGGAAGAUGUGACUAUUCACGCAAUCGUAGAAAUAACAGUUUGUAUAAGGCGGGCAGGUUUAAAUAACGUGGUAUCCUGUCACGUAGCAAACAUUAAAUAAUUUUUAAUGUUUGCUACGCGACAGACGGUAGCCCAGCACUGGAAUGGGAAGGGAAGGCAGGCGGCGGGCAAGCGAGUGAGUGAGCGGUCGCCUGUCUGCGUGGCGCCGGCGGCUGGCUGGCCAGGCGGGUCAGCACACAUUCCAUGUUCACACGCUUCCGUCGGGGGUUUUCUUUUUGUUGCGUUAAUAGUAAUAAUAUUUAAAAGUAUAUAAUUUUUAUGACAAAAUACACACAAAUAAUACUAGAAACAUUUAAUACAAACGUAAACCAAUCCUUUUCUUCUGGUUGGUGGGGGGUCAAAAUGGGCAACCCCCAAUUUUACGAAGGCAGCGAUUUUACGAAUGCAAUCCGUGGAACCGUGAGCAUACAUAAAAUUGGGGUUCUAGUGUAUGUAGUUUUCGCUUCAUGACUUUUCACAUUAAAAUAUAAGAGACUUGUAUUGUGUAAUUUCGGUGUUGUUUUGCGGUUUUUCUUGAAAUAGUGUUUUUCACAUUUUCCAUAUAAAUUCGCGGAAAAUUUCGCGAUUUCGCGAUUCACCAUACAAUCGUGGCCCUAAUUAUGCUCUCACUUGGAAGCCAUGAUUCCACUAUGAUUCCAACUGCAGGUAAUUACGCACGUACUGUUACCGGCAGAUGAAUGGAAAGAUGUUGCUUUUGUUUGUGUGAAUUACCUGCCACUGGCUAGACUGAGAUCACGACCCAGUCUGUGGCCAGGUGAAAACGGUACGGCACGGCAGCAUACGCGCAGACGUAAAAACAUUUUGUCCUUUACACUCCAUAGCCGCAAUUUAACUUGACAUAGCAGAUGAUUGUACAACAACCGAUAGCGUGGACAGACCUGUGCGCACAUAUCUUCCCCCUUUUUCGGCCAACUGUAUCCCACGACACAUCUGUUGUUUACAGAAGUUGAAACAGACUUCGUGGCGUCAUGCUCAGGUUUUUUUUUGACUGCGGGGAUUUUUGGCUAACUGAAAUUUACAGGUGUGCUAUUCAAGAUAGGGCGAAGUAAAAUUAAUAUCACGCAAUCUGAAGACGUGUUUAGUGAGGGAUAGGUGUAAGAAACCUGGAACCAAGGUUUGACGGUUGGUUAAGCCCCCCAUACACUAUCGAAUAUGCUCGCUGCAUUGCCGCUACCGUUCACUACAUGAGCAUGCUCGUCUCUUUCUCUAUAAAGGCAGUCGGUGUUGCACUUGCACAACGGCUGCAUGUAGCAUCGCACCUUUUUUGGCGAAUUAUUUUGUUUGGAUGAAGAGCUUAAAAAAUGAAACGAAGAGUUUGGUCUAAAAUGUGGCUUGUGGAACGAAACAGUUAUAGUGACAUGACACUGCUCAGAGAGCUGGAAAUCUCAGACCCAACAGAUCUGCAUUGUUAUUUGAGGAUGGAUAAAUGUACAUUCACAAUCACAUGUAAUGUUCUUUCAAAUUUCUCUGGCAACUUUUUUCACUAGCUGUUGGUAGCACUCUUGUUUGAUAUGCCUAUUUACAUAUUCCUUACUCCUUACAUCCCACGAUAUAAAUUUAUGAACGCCUCCCAAAAAACUUGAUUGUCUUUAAAAGACAUGACAUGCGACAACAGAUAGCACACUCACUGUGGGCUCGGGGCGAGCAUGUUGGGACCUGCUACACACUGGCGGAUAUGCUCGGUACAGGGCUCGGCUCGGAGGGAACUGCCAUCCGACGGCGAGCCGAGCAUGCUCGGUCUGACAGAGGCUGGACCUGCCUAUUAGUGGAUAUGCUCGCCGAGCCAAGUAGGUGAGCAUAUCCGCUAGUGUAUGGGGCGCUUUAUAUUCAGACUCAAUCUGCAUGUUAAUGUAUAUAUGUGUAUAUAUGUUAUAUAUGUAUAUAUAUACUAGGGAUGGGUCGGUACCGGUUCUCGGUUCCUACGGUUCUCAGCAUUUUAACCGGCACCGAGAACCGCAGCUAAAAUGUCGGUACCGGUACCGGCAGUAAAGCAAAACCCUUUACGAAAAUAGUCCUUCACUAUAACUUAACUGCAGCAUGAAAUGGCUCAACUCACGUCCAAUCCACAUAUGAAUUAUUUUUUUGGACUUCCGUGGAAUAAUAUUCAUCUAACUAUAAAAUAAAUUACACGUGAAAAUAUUUAAUGUUAUCGCCACAUCUGUAAACAAAGUACGUUUCACAAUCAAAACAUAACAGUUGAAGGUGCCAUAGAUGUAGUUCAUAGAUGUGUGCAACUCUAUAACGUGCCACACCAAAGAUGUGAGAACAAAAAGACGCCAUGUUUGUUUCAAUUUGUUUUUAAAAAUAGGCAGUUAAUUUAGUCGUUGAUACGUAAGUAAGGGUGACUGGUGUGUUGCAAAUUCCACAGAAUAUUUUUUUAAUAGAAUUAAUGAUUGAUUAAAAAAUUUCCGUAAUAAUUUUCGGUAUUAUAAAAGUUUAUGCAUUUUUUUUGUGCAGUGCUUUAGAAUUUAAGUUCACUGCAUCUGCAGCCAUCUAGUGUAAUAGCUAGUAACUUUCGCUUUUUGGCAAAUGGGUUUUUUUUUUGAAGGGGGAAGUUUAUUUUUUUUUAUAUAUAGUUAAGUGGUGUAUGGAUGUGUAGAUGUAUUUUACUAUUGGGUGGUCAAACAAAAUGCUUUUUGACACUUGUAAAGUAUAAUCAUUCUGGCCAAAUAGAGCCAAUUGUGUAAGAAAUGGCAUCAGAAGUGUGGCAGUUAUUUACUGUUGACUGUGCAAACAAACUGAAUUCAAUGUAGGCAUUAAGUUUGAUGGACAAUUUAAUAUUUUAAUUCUUUUAAAGUUCACCAUCAUUGUAUUUAUUUCCAUUAUUGUAACAUCUUUUUAUUCCUAUGUUUUAAAGGAGGGUGUAUGUAGAUUUCUUGAAGUAAUUACUAGAAUUAUAUAGCAAAUUUUAGAUUUAUUAAGGUUGGUGUGUUUACUGUAGCUUGAAAACUAUACUAAACCUUAAAAUUUGCUUUGAUAGCCUCUUUAAAGACUGAAAAAUUAUGCCAAUGCAUUUCUUUGCAAGCAUACAAUAAAAAUAUUGAGGACAGAACAAUACAAACAAAUUAUUAUUUUCAGUGUUAUAAACAGUAAAUUGUUGAAGAUGUAAAGCUUCGGCCACACAGAAAGCUACGCUAUGUUCGCGAUGUUCGCUAUGUCCGCUAUGUUUGCUGCGCGAGGUGGCCACACAGAAUAGUGUAGUUUGCGAUGUCGGCGAGGCGCAUGUCGUGGGAUUCGAGUGAUGAUUCCGACGAGGAUGAUAUUCUGUUGGCUCUCAGUAUGCAAACGAAAAAAGAAAUGGUUUCAUGAAGUGAAUCUCAAAAGAAAUUAAUUUGGCGAAUUUCAUCAUUUAAUGAAGCAGUUGCGUGCGGACGAGGCCAAAUUUAUUGAAUACUUUAGAAUAAAUACAACUCAGUUUGAUAGCAUAUUAUUGCUAACCAAAAAUAAAA